UGGAGACCACAGGUGUGGAAACGAGCGCCGCGCCCCUGGCCGGACCGGCUUCUGAAUUUGGCAGGAGAGUAUUGGAAGAAAAAAAUCAAAAAGGGAUUGAGAAGAAACUGAGUUGAACUCCUGCCUGAUCACCCAUUAUAGUAGGAUGAAUGUGGGGGUGGCACACAGCGAAGUAAACCCCAACACUCGAGUGAUGAAUAGUCGGGGCAUCUGGCUGGCCUACAUCAUCUUGGUAGGACUACUCCAUGUGGUUCUACUCAGCAUCCCCUUCUUCAGCAUUCCUGUUGUCUGGACCCUGACCAACGUCAUCCAUAACUUGGCAAUGUAUAUCUUUCUACAUACGGUGAAAGGGACACCUUUUGAGACCCCUGACCAAGGAAAGGCUCGGCUACUGACCCACUGGGAGCAGAUGGACUAUGGGCUCCAGUUUACCUCUUCCCGCAAGUUCCUGAGCAUCUCUCCUAUUGUGCUCUACCUCCUGGCCAGCUUCUACACCAAGUAUGAUGCUGCUCACUUUCUCAUCAACACAGUCUCGUUGCUCAGUGUACUGCUGCCUAAGUUGCCCCAAUUCCAUGGGGUUCGUGUCUUUGGCAUCAACAAAUACUGAGGGAUGUGGCUGGGGACAGUUCUAUAGGUGUGGGGAAAGCACUGGAACAAGGGGCUGUAAUAUCCUUCUCUUCUCCAUACUUUCUUCUAUAUCUUGAUAGCCUGAGAACUAUACAACCUUUUUCAAGCUUCCAGGAAAAGAUUGGAAAAUGGGGCUCCUGGCCCAGUCCUGCUAGGGGCAAGUUUCCUUCAAUCAUGAAAGGCAGAUGAGGUAAGGGCCAAAUCAUUCUCCUCUUUUGCAGGAAGUCAUGUUUGGGGCAGCUUGUUUGGUGGCUACAUUUUUUCCUAUCUUCCAUCCCUCCCACCUUCAAGCUGUUGUACUGUGUAUUUUCCUUAUAAUAAAGAAAAAUUUUCAGUUAUGCCUGCAGUUUGAUAAGCAGGAAGGGUUGGGAGAUGUCCUCAGAAGGCUGGAGAGGAAAGAUGGAAUACUGAAUUACUGUGUAAAACUUUUAAGAAUU